AUGGAUAAGCAGGUACAGUGAAUUUUAAAUUAUUAAAUGGAUAGCAUAAAGUAACUUUAUAGACUCAUUGGGAAGAUAAUUGUGAAUAUUACUGUCAACCUGAAACUGGCUUUUUAUUUGAAGAUUAAAAAGAUUAAAGUCAAAUUUCAAACGUUGAAAAUGGAAAUUAUCAAACAAAAAUAAAUAUUCCUGAAUAUUAUAAUUAUAAUGGAAUAAUUAAUGGAGAUCUUUAGCAUAUAUCAACUGGUAUAGAUGCAAAACUAUAUGGAAAUAUUGAUAUUGAUUUAAGUGGUGAUUUUUCAUCUUAAAAGAUUAAAUCAGAAAUCUGUAGAGUCAAAGCUAAUAAUUUGGAAAUAAAUUCUGCAUUAGAAACAUAAUUUGGAUAAUUAUAGAUUAAAAAUAAUGUUACUAUUAAAAAAUUACUCAUUUCAAAAGUAACAAAUUUAUAUUAAGAAAAUGUAAAAUUUAAGUAGGUUAUGUAUAAAAUAUGCAAAAAAAUUAUCCAAUUAUGUAAAAAUUCUAAUUUUUAGAAAAUAUUGAAUAGAAUAAUCAUUUUUAUAUAUAAUCAUAAGCAAAAACUUUUAAUAUUGGAACAUUUUCAGGAAGAUUGA